AGGAAGCAGAGCAUCCGUAACCUCAACCAAUCCAUCCAUACCUUUGUCAAAAGAAAAAAAAACCAAUCCAUCCAUAGCCUCCUACGCCUCUCGCACACACAAUCCAUCACAAACCAGAACUCAAGUGAAGAUCAGAUUCAUAGUUAGGUUUCAUUACAAGAUUAUCAAUCAAUCAUGAGUUUAAUCAAUCCAAAAACCGACAAGCUUGUGAGAAGAUUAACCAUUGCUGCAACUAUUACCGCUUCCUAUUUUCUCUUAACUGCUGAUUAUGGCCCUCAACCUAAUGCUCUUGACCCUAUUAAAAAGCAGAUACUUUCAGCAAAGAGCACUGUGAAAGACUACUUUUUGGGAUCAAAAACAGAAUCUACAGAAAAGCACAUAGAGAAACUGGACAGCAAAAAGGAUCAUCCAUAAAUUCAUGGUCAUCUUGUACAGGAAUAUUAUUGACUCAAGGUUUUCUUUUAGCAAGUCUCCAAUCUAAUGGAACGGUUCAAUAGACUUGAUGCUGAGAAUGUGUAAAAUUAAUUAACCAUCUUGAUUGACUUAUCAGCACAACUAAUGUCAUCAAUCAGACAAGAAUAUCAUGAUCAUGUAUUUGGCAUCUGUGUUGUUUCCCUUUCUUGUGUUUUUCUUUUAUGUGUAACUCACAUGGUGGUAUUAUUUUGCACAUCAAAUAAUUAAAGAAGCUUAUGCAUCACUAAAUUCCAA